AUGAAGGUGGAAGGGAGAGAACUGGAGUGGGGAGGGGAUGCGAUGCCACCCUUCAAGCACAGCCCAGAAACAUUGACGAGUCUGAAUCCCUUUACGCGCAGAUCAACAGACCUAAGAAAUAGCAUCAUUGCGGAGAAAGGAACCGAUGGCUCUAGAAGUGUGCCAAGUUGGAAGACAUCCUGCAUGGUGUCCACAGGCUUACGCUUAUGUGAUAAGGGGCUGGAGCUCAGAUGUGAAAGGAAACUUUUUGGAGACUCGAUAAACAAGGGGAACAUUACCAAUGGCAGACGGAUCUACAACCAAAUAGGGAUACCCAAACCCAUAGACUGCCUUGUCUCCAGCUGGUCACACUGGAGUCUGUGUGAUCCCUGUGAGAAAAAGCGAGUCACCCAGUCACAGAUGCCUGCUGACGGUAUCAGGUGUUCAGGCAAUUUCCUAAUGAUGCCUCACUUUCUCUCCCUCCCAGGGAGAUGCAUCCCUCUCAGCCAGGUUUGCAAUGGAGAUAAUGACUGUGGAGAUGGAGCUGACGAAGAUGACUGUAAGGAGGUGAUAAAGCUGUGCAAGGGAAGCAAGAACCAAUACUGGGGAACUGGCAGCCUGGCCAGCGGGAUAAAUAUUUUUACCAAUGCCUUGGAAGGUGUUGUUUUUGAUAACAAUUAUUAUGGUGGUAGUUGCGAUGCUUUUGUUAUCGAUCAAGACAAGUAUAGACUCCCCUUGAAUUUGGAAAGGUACAGUAUUGAGGUAAGAGGAUAUUAUGAAUUUGUCUAUAAGGAGUAUGAAUCUUACGCAGCUUUUGAAAGAAGUGUGAUAAGAGAAGGCAUGAAAGAUAAGAAGAUGGGGCCUGACCUCCAUAUCCUAAAUUGGAUUGACAUUGGCUACAAUUUUGAGAGUCAAAGUCUCCGGAGAUACUUGAGCAAAAUAAGGAGGGCCGCACAAUCGAAAAGCAAAAUUCUGCACGUGCAAUGCACCAUCGAUAUUGGACGUUACAAAAUGAAAUCCAAGGUGCUGAUGUUCGAUUAUGAAUUUCUGAUGCGCGUGGACAGGCUGCCCAGUGACUACAGCUAUGGAGAAUACAGAGACUUCAUCCGAGCCUACGGGACACACAUCAUUUCAGAUGCAAUCCUUGGAGGCGUAUAUGAGUAUGCCCUCAUUUUGAACCCAGAUGGUAUGGACAGUGAAGGUUAUACCUUUGAUGAUAUCAAGUCCUGUACUCAGGAAGCAUAUCACUCAAGUGACAUCACAAGUAGAGACUUUGUUGGCAUGAGAAUGGACCAAAGAUGCCAUGUCCUCUUGGAUCAAAUAGCAAAUUUAGGUAAAACAGAUGAAGACCUCCCUAUUGUGGAGGAUCUGGCUGUCUUCUUACGUGGUGGGACAAUACCAUCUAUCACAUCUCUAGCAUAUAACAGACUUCCAAAUAAAGAGCUGAUGGAGAAAUGGGGAGAUGCUGCAAAAUUCUUCCCAGAAGUCCUAAAGAUAAAGGUAAUUCCUAUGCAUGAAAUGUGGACAGGUCCUAAUUCUAUGAACAUGAUGCACCUGAAAAACAACAUGAGGAAUGCUGUCAAAGAGUACUAUGAAGAAACUCAUGUCUGUCACUGUGCUCCAUGCCUCGGAAAUGGAUUUCCUAUCAUUAGAGAUUCUUAUUGUGAAUGUCUCUGUGGCAUGGGAACCUGUGGAAUAGGCUGUGAGCUGGGCACUUCUGAGGGUGAUGCUACAGGGAGCUGGAGCUGCUGGACCAGUUGGACAGACUGCAUAGAAGCCAAGCAAAAGAGAGAGAGGCAGUGCAAUAGCCCAAUUCCAGGGAGCAUCAAGACAUGCCCAGGACGCCAGAAAGAAGAGAGGAGCUGCUAG